AUGCCUGCUGUUACUAUCGGCGUAUUGGCCCUGCAGGGCGGCUUCCACGAGCACCUUGAGCUUGUCCGGAAGGCUGCCGCAUCACUCGCAUCGGCCCCGGCGCCAAGCCCGAUUCCCGAGAUCGAGACCACGGAAGUUCGCACCGAGGAGCAGCUCCGCCGCUGUGAUGCCCUCAUCAUUCCCGGCGGCGAAAGCACGACAAUCUCUCUGGUCGCCACGCAGUCCGGCCUGAUGGAACCUUUGAGAGAGUUCGUAAAAAUUAACCGCAAGCCGGUCUGGGGCACCUGCGCCGGCGCCAUCCUGCUUGCCGAUGAGGCAAACUCCACCAAGAAGGGUGGCCAGGAGCUCAUCGGUGGCCUCGCUGUGCGUGUCCACCGUAAUCACUUUGGCCGUCAGAUUGAGAGCUUCGUUGCGGACCUCAACCUGCCCUUCCUCUCGAGGGGCGACGGUGGUUCGAAAACGGCGUCGGCACCUUUCCCGGGCGUCUUCAUUCGCGCGCCAAUUGUGGAGGAGAUCCUUUCCAAAGAUGCCGAGCCGAAGUCGUCAGUCGAAGUCCUAGCAGUACUGCCCGGGCGUAAGACGAAGGUUGAGGGCGUCAGCCAGAGCACGGCAGAUGACUCUGUAGGUGACAUCGUCGCCGUUCAGCAGAGGAACAUUUUUGCCACGAGUUUCCACCCUGAGCUGACUGACGACAUUCGCAUUCACGUCUGGUGGCUGGAGCAAGUCCUCCAGAACCUGCCUCCCACAUCAUCUGCGUGA